GGACUUGUGAAUUGAAACAUUAAUACCAUAAUGUCUCUCUGUUUGCUCACACACUUCUCAAACCUGUCAUUAAGAAUUUCCAUUCUCCCUGCCGCCUUUCCUACGUUACCAUUGAAGCAAGGCCGUAUAUUGCAAAGUGUUAUACGAAAGCAACAAGCUCGAUUUUCAUCUUCUAGAAUAACCCUUGAUUCACUGUUUCAGCGAAAGAAAGCAUAUUUUUUUCCAAAGCAAUUUUCUAGCCGCAUUUCUACUCCUUCUACCAACAGUCAUUACACCACCAUGAGUCAAGAACAAGAACCCAAAAUCUUAGAUGUCAGUGACCUCGAAACCAAAGAUGCAAAAUGGACUAGUUUGAAAAAGAUUACCUGGCAAGAUCAGAGUGGUAAAACCAGAGCUUGGGAAAUGGCUGAACGUACCACGCGAUCCAAGAGUGGUAUUGACGCUGUUGCCAUUUUAGGUAUUAUUCCAAUUGAUGGCGAACCUCACGUUUUGUGUCAAAAACAAUACCGCCCACCACUAGGCAAGACCUGUAUCGAAAUUCCCGCUGGACUUGUUGAUUCAGAUGAAUCACCCGAAGAAAGUGCUGUCCGUGAGCUUCGUGAAGAGACUGGUUUUGUUGGAGUCGUCAAGGAGGCUACAACUAUUAUGUAUAAUGAUCCAGGCUUAACAAAUGCCAACUUAAAGAUCAUCCUUGUUGACAUUGACAUGUCUAACCCUCAAAACCAGAAUCCGCAACAACAGCUGGACCAAGGCGAGUACAUCACCAAUUUCCCUAUCAAGUUGUCUUCUCUUCAGGAUGAAUUGUUUUCCCUUGAAAAGCAAGGAUUUGCUGUGGACGUUCGUCUUUCAACAUUUGCCUUGGGUAUGCAGGCAGCUUUCAAGUACUUCGUGAAGUAACUUGAUCAUUUCCUGUUGUAAUAAUAUCCAAGAAAUAAAUGUACUUUACAUAUUUUGAUUAUUCACUUAUGAAAUUUUUAUGCACCUAUUAAUAUACGUUUUUAAUAUUUUUGUAUCAUCAGAUCAUGAACCG